CAGUGGAGGCGCGCCAGGAUUGGUCGGUUUGGGUGUGGGUGUUGCUCGGCACCAGCGAAUAAGCGGGGGCAGAGGGAUGUUGUGGUUCAAGACUCACGCAUGCGCAGGGUCGUCUGCCUGUGCCUGGGCUGCCUGUGACCCGGGCCAGGUCUGCCCGGUGGGCUGAUUGCAGAGGAGGCGGAGGGUGGCUCGGCGGGAGGUCGCCGACUCCCGGAGGCCGCUGUCGGGGCGAGGUGUCCUCAUGACUUCUCUCGCGGACCAUGUCCUUGAUCCUUUUUGCCUGCGUGGUAAGGGUGAGGGAUGGACUGCCCCUCUCGGCCUCCACUGAUUUCUACCACAGCCAAGACUUCCUGGAAUGCAGGAGACGCCUCAAGACUUUAGCCUCGCGACUGGCCCAGUAUCCAGGUCGAGGUUCCGCAGAAGGAUGUGACUUCAGCAUCCACUUCUCUUCUUCGAGGGACGUGGCCUGCAUGGCUAUCUGCUCCCUCCAGUGUCCGGCAGCCAUGGCCUUCUGCUUCCUGGAGACCCUGUGGUGGGAAUUCACAGCUUCCUAUGACACCACCUGCGUCGGCCUCGCCUCCAGGCCAUAUGCCUUUCUCGAAUUUGACAAUGUCAUUCAGAAAGUGAAGUGGCAUUUUAACUAUGUAAGUUCCACCCAGAUGGACAGCAGCUUAGGAAAAAUUCAGGAGGAACUCAAGUUCCAGCCACCAGUGGUUCUCACCCUGGAAGACACAGAUGUGGCCAACGGGGUGAUGAACGGACACACGCUGAUGCACCUGGAGCCAGCUCCUAAUUUCCGAAUGGAACCAGUGACAGCCCUGGGCGUCCUCUCCCUUAUUCUCAACAUCAUGUGCGCUGCCCUGAACCUCAUUCGUGGAAUUCACCUCGCAGAACAUUCUUUACAGGUUGCACAUGAAGAAAUUGGAAAUAUUCUGGCUUUUCUUAUUCCUUUUGUAGCCUGCAUCUUCCAGUGUUACCUGUACCUGUUCUACAGUCCAGCCAGGACUACGAAGGUGGUGCUGAUGCUGCUCUUCAUUUGCGUGGGCAACGUGUACCUGCAUGGGCUGAGGAACCUCUGGCAAAUCCUCUUCCACAUAGGAGUGGCUUUCCUGUCUUCACAUCAGAUACUGACAAGGCAGCUUCAGGACAAGCAGUCUGACUGCGGAGUGUGAGGAUGAGGCCACGGGAUGGACGGAUCCUUUGAUUUUCCUCUAAGGGUCAUCGGCGUUUCCCCUUUUACUUCUUGACUUCACCUCAAGUUUCCAUCCUCGAAGUUCCUUUCAACCAAAGCAGACUGACCCUGAGAACCAAGAUUUUCUUCCACCGGUGCAGCGGGAAGCAUGAAGUUGCUGGCCAUCUGGUCUCAGUUUUGUGUGAGAGUUACUGCAGAAUCUCCACUUCAGCACUUUGGACAGCAGAAUCUGGGCGCCCCGUCAGAAAGCACACUACUGGAAGACCAGCAUGGAAUGGUUUUGUUCUUUUACGUUGAGUGAUGCAAUAAACCACUAGAUUCAGUAUCAGUAGUUUUAAGUAAUUGGCAGUUGUCUCCAAGGAACCACUUAAACAUCUGUAUCAGCUUUUCAGUCUAAAUGUGACUUUGGUGAGUUUUUUUUUUUUUAAGAGGGUCAGCACAGGGUGAAUUAACUUAAAAAGUGGUUUAUAGGUAUAACAUAGAUACGUUUUGUUUACAUUUUUGAUAACUUAGGUCUGAUAUGAUACCUUUAGAAUAUUUAAAUAUAUUUUGGAUAUAAAUUGAACUUCACUUAGGGUAAGAACAAACUGAAGCUGAGAUAAUGGUUGAGAAAACUGAAUUUAUUUAAUUUAUAUAUAACCUUUCAUGGUAGUGGGACUGUAGGGAUACAGAAAUAUUUUGUAUUUAUUUGCAGGGUAUAUCUGAAUAUUUUUAAAAUUGAGUAACCAGUGCUACUGGAUCAUAAGCUUGUAAGCAGAAGUGAGACUAUCAAGACUCCUUGCAGUUGGCCACAAACUAGAGUAGGUGGGUCACACAUUCACACAGUGGCACUUUGAAGUUACAGGUGGAAGAGGCUGCUGUCAUCAACUUUGUAUGUGGCAGCCAGGUGCCAGGCAUUUUAAUCAUGUCAUUUAAUACUUGACCCUGAGUACUUGUUCUCAGAAGACCUCACAAAUUAAUUACUCCUCUACAGCUUUCCUAAUCAUCUUAAUUAGAUUCAGUUCAGUUCAGUUGCUCAGUCGUGUCCGACUCUUUGUGACCCCAUGGACUGCAGCACACCAGGCUUCCCUGUCCAUCACCAACUCCCUCAUUUUUGUAUGAACAAAGGUCAUGUGUAUGUUAACUUUUUUAGAGCUUUAUAGCUUAUAAAGCUUUAUAAUUAACCCUGUGCUCAGUCCCUGGGUCGGGAAGAUCCCCUGGAGAAGGAAAUGGCAACCCACUCUAGUAUUCUUGCCUGGAGAAUCCCCAUGGACAGAGGAGCCUGGCGGGCUAUAGUCCAUGGGGUCGCAAAGAGUCGGACAUGACUGAAGCAACUCAGCACACACGCAGGUGCUCUGAAAAGUUACUUUUUUUUCUCUCAUUGUUAACAUUUUGACUGAUCAUAGUUUUCCAAAAUUUAGAUCUGAAUAUGAUCCCUGAGGCCUCUAGAAACUUCAGCCUGGGUUGUCCAGUACCACUCAGGAGGCCAUUUGGGAAGUUUGGCCUUUGGAUUGUUCUUUGUAGAAGUCUGGAAUAUGAAUAGCUCCACCAUAUUGCAUAGAAUACUCUGGGUUGAAUUGUGUGAUAUUGAUAAAUUGCAGAUUCCUAUUUUGGUAGUUUUUAAGAGUUGAAAACUAUCACAAGAGUUAGCGAGCAGGUAAGGAAAGCAAGGAUGUCAUUUUAGGGAAUUCAGUUGACCUUGGUCAUUUCAUUACUGGUGGUGUAUUGUUACUGAGCUACCUUAGUGUCACUUAAAAGAAAAGUUCAUGUGACUAGGAACUGUAGUGGGAAAAUGUUGCCAUGGUAACUUUAUUUUCUUAUAAUAGAAUUUCCUAUUUUUAAUCAAAGUAUUUGGACGUGAAAGUUACAUUGGCAACAUCCUCAGAUGUUAAACCUCAGAGUCAUCUCCCCAGUGAUUUCUCAAUCUGCAUAAUUUUCUGCGGGGGCUUCCCUGGUGGCUCAGAUGGUAAGAGAAUCUGCCUGCAAUGCAGGAGAUGUGGGUUAGAUUCCUGGUUUGGGAAGAUCCCCUGGAGAAGAGAAUGGCAAUUCACUGCAGUAUUCUUGCCUGGAGAAUCCCAUGAUAGAGGAGCCUAGAGGGCUACAGUCCAUGAGGUUGCAAAGAAUCAGACACAACUAAGAGACUAACACUUUAAUUUUCUGCAUCCCUAGCAGAUAAAUUUUCAAGCUUUCUGGGACACAACUUUGAAGAGAUGGUGAAAUAGAAUGGGAAGCUAAGGAGAAGAGACAAUCUUUUCAUAUUAGCAGCACACACAAAGCUUUAAAAGUUGAUUAGAACAGCUUACCAAUAUAUUGUUUCAUCUUGAGCUCGUGUGCUAUUGGUGUUGCCAUGUAGCCUGGUACCCAGACACCCUGGGGGUCUGUGAUCCACAUUCAGCAAGUAGUGAAGGACAGUCCUUGCAGAGGAGACCCUCCUGGCCUAAUGGAGAGGUGAUCUACAAGCUGGUCCAAUGUGGUCUGAAUCUGUGAACACCUACAUGGGGUUUAAGAUUUACUUUCACAAACCAAAGGGAAAAGACGCAGUCGGCAAACAGUACAGAGUAAUGACCACAUAAACAUUAUGUAACUGAAAUCCAGCUAAGAGCAGCCUCAGUCUAACUGGAGGAAGAGGCUGAUGAUAGGAAAGGCGUUCUGGAGAUUUUAUCCAAGGGAAAUUGCAGGCUCGAGGUUGACUUGGGUCAGGCGUAGAGUUUUUUAGCCCUGUGUCAUCCUUGGUGCCUCAUCCUUGCCCUCACUCCGCCAUGGGCCUUUGUUUUAGCUGCUGUAGCACCUUUGUCUGCUCAGUCGUUAACUGAUCUCAGGGGGCCACUAAUGUUGGAAAACCCUUAAAAGUGCCUUCUGGUGUCAGAUGUGGCAAGAUCUUGAGCAUCCCUGUGUGCAAUGUCCCGUCUGCUGUUUCUGGGCGGGGGUGUGGCUCCGUGCUCUCUAGCAGGGGCCGAGCCCAAGGCUUCCCCACCCGCAGGUGUGCUAGUGAGGGAAACACGUAGGCUCUGCUUUUCUUUCCCCAGGCCGGCUUGACUGUGACAGGGCCGUGCUCGGGUUUCCUGCCCUGGGCAGGGACACUCGGAGUAUAUUUGGGUGGGAUUUCCUCUCGGUACUGGAGGCCUCAGUGCCCGCAGUGGGAGGAUGACCAUGGGCUCCCAGUUUUGCUUCUGCAGCUGGCACUCCUUUUAUCUGUGAGUCAGUUUUAAAGUUCUUCAAAGGGUAAGAAAAAGGGUAUUGGAAGGAAAUGAGAACAUUUAGCAUCCUUCCUACCACCCCCACCUGAGUUCCCUGUUCUUUCCCUAGGAGCCCCCAUUCAGGUCUCCCCUGCCUCUUUCCACCUCUGCCGCCUACAUUCCAGUCCUAGAGGCAGAGGCUGAAAGUAGAGGCUCUGGAGGGAGGGGGAAGCCACCUUUCACUGUAAUCGAUAGGGAGGGUCCAGGAGCUUCAGAGAGGGAGCAGAUGACGCAGGCCCAGCUCUCUCCCCUGUGCACCCCAGGCGCACAACAAGGCUGGCUGUUUGGGGUGCAGGAAGCAGGGGACAGGCCAAGAGUGGAGCUGGGGCCUGGCCAGUUGUUGGAAGACAGCAGCUGUCCCCUUGGCAUAUGGGGGUUGCACGCCAUACCUUCAACCAGGGCUGCUGUUCACUGUUCUUUGAUGGAAUCAGCCCCUCGUCACACCGGGAUGGGUGACCCUCAGAUAACAGCACCGUGCACGUGAGGACUGGCCACGAGGGAGGCUUUAUGGAGGCCAGGUGAGCACACAGACACCUGCCCUGAUGUUGCUCACAUUCCAGGCGAUUCUACACAGAAUCCCAGUCAAGUACGGGGAAGACUUACCUCUGCGCCCUGAGCAUUAAUAAAGGUGGGAAAAAGGAGAGUCGAUGUGCCCUGGAGAGGUAAUGCGGGAUGGAGCACCCUGUCAGUCAGCCCAGGCCUGGAGGUUGGCAUGGUUAUUCCACUUGGUCCCGCUCCACAAUGGGCGAGUUGUGGCUCAUGGGCUGGGGUCCUCUGGGAAAUGGUGGUAGUAUCAGCCUGCUCCCCAGCGAGCUGUCAACAGGGAAAAAGCGAUCAUGGAGGGGACGCUAGGUGAAUCCAUUAUUCAUGUGCAGCAGGAGAAAGGCUUUGCAUUUGGUUCACUCAGCAUGCAGAGGUUCUGCAUGCUUCAGGCAGUGCAGCUCAGCACAGCCAUAUCUUCCAACCUUUACAAAAAAACGCCUCCUGCUUCCACUCCAUAAAGGCGGUGGCCUCUCUUCCUCCCCCUGGACCUGCCUCCUGCCUUCCAGGCACAGCACCUUUAGUACCAGUGUUGUUUGGUCCUCCAGGAUCCAGGGAGGCCAGACCUGCUGGUUAGACCGAAUCUCAUGGCCUGUUUCUGACCCAGGUGAGGAGAGCUCUGGUUCUGCCAUCUGGGAGCAGUAAUGUCAAACUUGUGUUGCUGGGGAAACGUGAUUGGUAGAGAACCUGUGAAGAAAGACUUGUCAGUAAAAUCUGGGAAUGGAAGGCUAUAGGAACAUCUGCCUGUAUGCACUGAUGGCAAGGCUGUUGCCUGCAAGCACCUUUAUGCAGUGUAAAAUGAUCAAACCCGUCCUGCUUCUUUAUCCUGUGCUGGGUACAGAUGACCUUCUUUAACCCUUACACUUAAGUGAUUCUGGGUUCUUCUACAAGUAUUAUCCUAUGAGUCAUUCAUACGACGUGGCCCCCAGGAUUCCAUUUUGUUUCAUAGAGUUUUCCACUAAGGGCAUUAAAGAUUGAGGCUUGUUUAGCCAGGGAAGACCAUUUAUUUCACAUAUUAAUUUUGAAUGCUUGCUACCCUUGUUAUACGAGCUUCUUACUGUUUUCAUGUAAUAACAAAGAUCUAUUUUGAGUAAAUGGUGAGUGCGUUUUAACAAACUUUCACACAGUCAUAAAGUCUAAACUUGUGUUGAUAUAGGUAAAGAAUGUUGUAUAACUGUUUAUAUACUAUGUAUGUAUGUAUAUAUAUAUAUAUAUAUAUAUAUACACACACAUAUAUAUGUGUAUGUAUAUAUAUAUAAUAAACGAGGUGGCUCCAGAAGUGGGAAGAGAAUAAAUCCAAGGUGCUCAUUAA